AUGGGGUUAUCAGCCGCAACCCAUCAUCGACGGCGGAGCUCGGUGCUCACGGGUAAUACCCCUGUCCGAUCACAGCCGAGUGCAUCAGAGCGAAGGGAUGACAGUCUUCGGCCGCUCGGAGAUAGGUGGGAUGAACAGGAGCCUUUGACCGCAGAAGACACCGAUGCGUCGGACCUCUCGUCCUCUGCAAUCGAAACGCGUGAACUGACCGAGAUGAGCUCGGAUGAUGAUCAAUACGAUGAGGAGACUGGCCUUACCACUUCUCAAAAACGCCAGCGCCGGCGCCGGCGCAGACAACGCCGUAAGCUCGAUGCCCGCAUCGCAGACACCAAAUCAUCGCGAUAUGCCAUCUUCCAGCUGGGUCUGGCCGAUCGCAAUGUCCUCGCAAGCUCCUGCUUACACAUGGCUGUCCAAUUCACAUUGGCGGCUAUCUUGCUUUGGAUCUUCCCGUCAUUACGACCCCAACACCCUCCGGAGUCCCUCGCCAAUUCCCCCGUCGAAGGAUUGAAGGACUCCGAACCGGUCAUGACCAAGUUCUUCUACUUCACCCGCCUCGUGCCCUGCGGUGCCGCGACAUCCCUCGACAUCGGACUCGGCAACAUGUCUCUCAAGUUCAUCUCCCUCACCUUCCUCACCAUGUGUAAAUCUUCCGCACUCGCUUUCGUUCUUAUCUUUGCUUUCCUUUUCCGUCUCGAGUCACCCUCCUUCAAGUUGAUAAUAGUCAUCGCCACAAUGACGAUUGGUGUGGUGAUGAUGGUUGCUGGUGAAACUGCAUUCAACGCGCUCGGCUUCGGCCUCGUCAUUGCUUCGGCCUUCUUUUCUGGCUUCCGAUGGGGUCUGACACAAAUCCUUCUUCUGCGUCAUCCGGCCACUUCGAAUCCAUUUUCCACACUCUUCCUUCUCACGCCUGUGAUGUUUUUCUCUCUUAUUACAAUUGCGCUUACUGUCGAGGGUCCUGUGGAAAUUCACAAAGGCUACCUCACCCUCGCUGAGAAACACGGUAACUUGCUUGGCGCUGCCCUACUGGUUUUCCCGGGUGUUCUUGCUUUCUGCAUGAUUUCAUCCGAAUUUGCAUUGUUGAAGCGCUCUUCUGUUGUCACUUUGAGCAUUUGCGGCAUAUUCAAGGAAGUGGUGACGAUUAGUGCCGCGGGGGUCAUCUUCCACGAUCAGCUUACACCCGUCAAUAUGGCUGGUCUCGGCAUCACCAUCGGUAGUAUCGCGACUUAUAAUUACAUGAAAAUCUCCCGGAUGCGCAGUGAGGCAGCAAGGGAUUCUUGGAGCCGGGACGGAACUCCCGACUCUGAUACCGAUGAUGGCGAUCUCACUGGUCCGGAGAACGGUGAUUACCGUCAGGUCGCAGACGAAGAGGCCGAUAUCAUCUCUCCUUCUCCCGCUGGCCAGCUCAACGAUGAUCUGCAGGCUUCUCCGGCUGGUGAUAACCGGCGCUCGUUCCGCGUUCGCGCUAGCGGUGCCAUGCACGGGCUCAGCGUCUCCACCACUAUCCCCGAAGAUGAUGGACCUCCAUCGCCUCUCAAAUCCGCCCCUCCUACAAUUUCUACGAUGGCUGAGGCUGGAUUCAAUUCGCAGCUUCCCCUGCCAGACCGGGACGAUUCACCCGGAGUUCACUCCGCUUCAUCCGUCUCACCAGUCCGGAGCCAAACUCCGCACCAUUAA